GAGAUUAAUGUACACGUCGAUGAAUUAAAGUGUUAAUUUAUUAAAGUGUUCUUUAAAAAAAAGUGGCAAACUAUAACUGCAAUUUUUUUGUUUGACAGUUCAUUGUUUUGGUAGAUAGAUUCUAGAGACAGUAUAGCAAACUCAACUUGUACAGCCGUCGAAAUCCUCAAAAUCACUACAAAUAAAAUAUACAACGUUUCAACGAAGAACCAGAUGUAUAAAUUUAAUAAACAAAUUAUGUUCUUCAUACCAAGGAUACUCAACCAAAAAAUUCAAUAUAGGUUUCCGAAAUGGUUCAAGUCGGAACUAAAAAUUGCCUAACUCAAGCAUCAUGCAAUCCCAACGAUCAAAUGAAACCAAAGACAUCACCCGCGGACACACAAUCACUGGUGACGUUCGAAUUCAAGCGUGCGCGCGGACGCCAUUGUGCCAUCAUGUUUGCAGCGAUGCUUCCGUUUUCGAGCGCUGCGCUGCCAUCACACGUCACCCUCGGAGCGACGCUUGCGGAGAGGAGUACGCACGCUCUCUCGCUUGAUGGUAAUAAAAAAGCUCCAUCCGAACGGACGCGCUCGUUCCAUCCUGCUUCCUCGCCCGGUGGGCAAAUGCUUCGGCGCAAAUGAAACAGAGCACCCAUGCACCACGGAAGAGCGCCGCGAGAGUGAUGGAUGAUGAAACUUGAAAGCAAACGCGAAAUUUGCGGUGAGCUGCCAGAAUAUUCGUUUUACUCGUGUGAGAUCAGCCCAUCGAACAGGAGGCCGAAGCAGCGCAUUUUUUCGUUGCAUGUGAAGUUGGAAAAUUAUCAUUCCGUGGGCCUUUGUGUGCCAUUUCUACCAUUGAUUAUCGUGGAUAUUACGUGCAGGUGUGUAGUUUCGCCAUAAAAGGUAAUUGUUACGACGUGCAGUUUGCUAGAAAUGUGAUUUUUUCGAAGCGAAAAUCCGUGAAAUUUUCCAAAUGCGAAGUGCGCUUCCUGCUCGAUUGGUUCUUUUUUCCCAUUCGCUCUAGUGGAACAGCGCGGAGAGUAUACGGUGAAUGAGUGAACGUGAGUGCUCUCGACUGUUGUAUAGUGAGUUUCGUGAGAAGUGAGAAUGGCUCGGUAGGUUAGUGAAAAGGGAACAAUCCAUCGCAACGUCGCUGCCGAUGGAACGAUUUGCGCGAGUCAGAGUACCAGAUUGUAGCCAGACGUCGACGACGACACCCUUUUCGCAAGGAACUUGGACCGAAAGCUUUGGAAUUACUUUCAAUUGAACUUGCGCCUAAAGUGUAGAUGCAUUACAUAUUUUGCCUGAAGCAACGUGAAAAUUACCUGCUGUUCAAAUUCGGAUAAAGGAAUGGUGGCUGGGCGAAGUGAGUAGGUAAAAAAUCGACUUUAGCAGAACAAACGUCGGAAAAAAACGAACAGGAAAGCGUAGCGCAAACACUACGGUGAAAAAAGAACCAGGUGCGGUAGUGUUGGUCUACACUGCUGGUAGAGUAGUGACUAUCAACUCCAGUUCGGAUUCUCCCGUCUACAAAAGAAGAAAUAGCAGCAACCAUUGCGCGAGUUGAUUCCGUCCCAGCUGUACAUGUGUAAGGUGUUAUAUCCCUCAUCGGCCGGCUUUUUUGUCGGUGCACAAAUUGGUGAACAGUGACGAGUGUGUGUGUCGGUGCCCAAGUGGAUUAUUGCUCAUUUCGUUUCGUACCGCACCCGCUUAGUGGUGCGGGAGGAAGAAAAGGAAGAAGUAAACAAGUGAUAAUUUAUAGUCGAAGAAAAUAUAGAAAAAUAUGUUCGCCUAAGAGCGGUGUUCGUACUGAGCCGGUCCAAUACAAGCAGUGGAAAAGUGGAAAAAUAACAACAGCACCACAGGUCUCUGCUAUAUCGCGCAUUGUUGUUUGGGGCAAGUUUUGGCGAAGUUUUGCCGGUCAAUGCGCGCGUGCUUUGUGUGCAAGUGAGUUUUCUUUUUUCGUGGGUAAUUGAAUGAGUGAAUGGGACUGGCGCGCGCUGUAGCAAACGUGAUUAAAGUACCCGAUGCAGUUGACGAGAUGGCUCCCGCUCUUACCGAGCCGCUGAGCCAAAGCAAACUCUCGUCAUCGGCAACGUCAGGGGCGUCUCCGCGUACCGGAAUCGAAACCACUAGCCAGCAGGAAGUACCGAGCAGUGCUAGUACGGAUUCCGGAACUGGGACAGCUUCGACAAAUCCUAGUGAAACGGAUCUCGUUUUAACGGAUAGUACGCUUUCUUCCGGAAUCGGACAAACGGUGGAUGAUAUUCAGAAUAAUAACGAUAGCGGUGGUCAAUUGUUAAAGAUUGAUUCGGAUAGUGGGAAAGAUCUCAUCGAGCUUGCCCUGGAGCAGCUCCAUCGAGAUGAAACUGCGGGAACGGUUGCAGAAAGUGCUAUAGCGGGCGGUAGCAUUCAAAACGAAGUCGAAAUUUCUCAAGCUGUCAUUGACCAGAUUGUGCAAGUGGCAUCUACCAGCGAAGAAACAGCCACAGCAAGUGAAGUUCAGAGCGAUCUACAGCAGCUGGACUCUCAAUCGUCUAUCAUUUCCAGUUCUAGUACAGCUAUGGGUCUGCAAAAAGAUUACCUUAAAGACAACCCAGACAUGGAGCAGAUGCUCGGAGAGUUAGCUUCUACCUCGGAUAUGGAGUUGCUUCAAGUGUUCAAAAGUCUGGAAGGCAACCCAAGUGGGGAUGGACUUUGCGCUGAACUGGCCGGUGGUCUUUCUCUCUUCAACGAUGUGGAUGUUAACAUUUAUGAAGAAGUUGCUCAAGCAACCCCUCCCAACAAAGAUCAUGAACGACUGGAAAUGCACGCCGAGAUCGUCAAACGGCAAUCUCAAAUGCAGCGAAAGUAUGAUUUUCUCAUUAGACGACUCAACAAGCUGCAAGCUCGCUAUAUGGGUCAACACGUGAGCGAAGAAAUCGCCGGCCUGUUCGAAUACUCUCAGCGCUACUGGAAGAAGAAAGAUAAAGAACAUGCCAAAGGACACGCCGCAGGAGUAUCCACAGUAUCGCCGACUUCUCUCAUUCCGGACAUCAUCCCGUAUCAGCCUCCUCCGCCUUCAUCAGAUAAGCUGAAGCCAAUUUCGGCUAACGCAAUGAAGACUUUCGCCAAGCGGCUUGAAGGAAUCGCUACCACCCAGUGUUCGACACAAACAAGACGAAUUUACAGCAACCGGUAUUUUCAAGGAACCGCGAGCGGCUCGACGAUUGAGGGCGGCAGUGGGACAUCUUCGUCCUCACAAACGACCUCAAUUCCGAAAUUCGACGAUACGGUGAUUGAUCAAUUGGAACUGACGGCUGGUCUGUUACAUUCGGAGCUUCACCAAGUACAGAAUACAAUCGAUUCGGAAGCAACGGUCAGCAGCUCCGGUGGUGAAUCAGCGGACGAAAUGGUUAUGUAUAACAACGUCAAUCAGCAACCGUUGACAAUCGCCAAACGAGCCGCCUGGCGCUGGGCUAAGGACCGUGCCUCAGUGGCAGCGCGAUGGACCUGGUUGCUGGCUCAAAUUUCGGACCUUGAGUAUCGUAUUCGGCAGCACAACGAGCUGCAUAACAAAAUCAAAAUCAACAAAGGUGCCGUAACGCUGGAAGAUUCUCAUUCGCAGCCGCCACAGCCUCCCUCGCAUCAGUCAGUCAACGGAUACCGUGGAACGCUGCCCGGUAACAACAAACCGUUGGACGAUAGCUACGACAACAAUGGCUCGAGCAGCAGUACGGCUCCUAACGGAGCGUACGAUCACAGUGGCGGUAGUUGUCGAACGCGACCUUUCCAUCGGAACGGAUUCCGUAAGCGGAAGUUGCUGCAGACUGCAAAUCUGCACACCAUUUCGAAAAAGGCUGCACGAUCUAGCUCUGUGAAAUGUGGUUGCGCUUGGCCGUUACAUCCGUGUGCGCUGUGUACCGGCCGGCAGGAUCCCACAGCGCCCAGAGAUCUACCUGACACGAUGCCGGCAUCGGAGCGAGUUGCACUGCUGGAUCCGUGCUUUCACCCGGUGUUAAGUUUUCCCGAAGACGUUUCCCACGGAAUUCACUUCGAAGCGAUUAUGAGGAUACCGGAGUGGCAGAAUAAAAUGAUUCGUAGCACGGCCAAAUCGCUCAGCAGGAGUGCAGGGGCUCCGCAGAAAUCAACCGGCUUCGGGUCGACGUCAGCCGCUUCCGGCGGCGCACUUCCCUCUAGUGUCACUCCAGCGUUCCUUUCCUCCGGCGAUGAGGCAGUGCCUCACGGCGGAAAUAAAAAGUACGGUCCCGAUGGCAAGCGGAAGUACAACAAACACAACAAACUACACGGUUCCCAGGAACUGGCGAAUCAUAAGCUUAAAAAAUCUAAAUCUCGACGAAACCUGCUACUGACAAGCACCACCGGCAGAGGCAGACGCAAGUCAUCGUCCGGGUAUCCUCCCGGUGGCAGCAGCCAAUACGGUCCAACUGGUUACGGUGCUACACCUGGUGGCAGUUCCAACAAGUACUACAAAAGUUCCAGCAGCAAAUAUCGGAAAUCGUCGCACUCAUCAUCGACGGCAGCUUCCGGAACGGGGACGCACGGUGCGGGUACCGGCUCGUACACUCGAUACAACAGCGGAGGCAUUGGCGGUGCUUCAUCCGGAUUUGACUAUAUGGAUUCGGCUGGGCUGCAUCAUGACGGCGCUGGUAGUGGUAGCAGUCGCAGCAAAAACUCAUCACCAACGCCAAAUCACCAUCGGAACGAGAGGAAAAGUCGACCCUCAUACGACAUUGAUAACAUCGUUAUUCCGUACAGUAUGGCUGCCGCAAACAAGGUGGAACUCUUACCCUACAAGGAAAUUGUGACACCAAAAUGGCGCAUUGUUGGCGAUAACGAUGAAUCAAUCGAUCCGGACUCGGAAACCAUCGAUGCUAGUCAGCUCAUAAAAACAGCAAGUGGUAACAACAACUCAGCUCCUGACGCCGGAAACAAACAGUCGGUUUCACCCAAACCUGCAAUAAUACCUCCUACAGAAAAAGUAUCCGAUCUGACCCAGUCAUUGUCCGAGGGACGGUUUAUCGUGUUACCAGCCAUCGACGAGGAAGAUAUCUCCGAUGAAACGAUUCUGGUUAAGCACGACCGUGCCCUGCAGGAUGAACGCAAAAAAUUCCGAACGUACAUGAAGUUUCCCUGGAGCAGACCACGAGCGAAUAGGCGAACCGACAGUAGGGCAGAAUCAAGUGGAGCCAACACGCCGGAUCCUACGUCCCCGGCGCCACCCACUCCACUGGUUGACAUUGAGUCGAACACCUCGCCUGCAUGUCCAUCAACGCCUUUAAUGUCGCUUGACACACAUGAGCUGUCGGAAACCAAUGUUCUCAACGCCCUCAAUCAAAGCCUCAAUAAGAAGGAGCGUAGACGAACUGUUUCAACCAAACUAGUGCGGGAAGAAAUCCAGCGCAGCUCUAGUCCGGACAUCAAAGAGGUCAUCCCACCCUACGAUUCGCUGCAGUUCCCGCUACCGGACGACCUCUACGAAGAGAUGGUUCGAACGAUGCCGAGUGACCACCUAACCCUGGUGGAAGAUGCCAUCAACAAACUAACCCGACCGAAUAGGCCCAACAACAACGUACUGCUCGCGAACCGGAACAAUUUGAACCUGGCGCCAUCGAGCAGUGGGCACGUCAACAACCCGCUCAGCUCCAAUCUGUCCACAACCUCCACGACCAUUUCGGCCAUCGAGAAUGAUCUCGACGAUCUGGAGUGUAACGAUAAUGACGACGAGCUGAUGCAGGCGAAAAAGGUCGAAAACCAAAUUAUAAUGGAGAAGCUGCUGAAGAGCUGUGACGAGAAUCGAAUGUUUGUAGGUGUACGCCAAGUACUCGAUGAUGACGAUCCGAUGGAUGACGAGGAAACCGAUACUGGUGAAUCACUGUUUGUCGAGGAAGAUGAUCCCAACGAUCCGGAGUGGUACGAUCGGCCUGGUAGAGGUCGAACGUAAGAUGCUCCCAGUGAGUGUAAAAGGGGACCGCGGUGAACAAUGUUAUUCUUGUGAUCUCGAUCGCUACAGAAGUUUGGUUUCGUUGAUGCUCUGUAUUUUCUUUUACUAGGCUAACUAACGCUAUCGUUUCACUACUUUUAAACAUUAGGACCUAAAUAAUAGCAUUCAAGCCCAUCUUUGUACAGCAGAUAGGAAAUCACUUUUAAGUAUACUUUACUAUUGAGGAAAAAACUAAAACAGAGAAGCAAAUAUAUAUGAGCAGCAAUAUGAUGCUUGUAAAUCAUAUUUCCUAUGUCAAAAGUUAUUUCACAUAUUGCAACAUUUGUUUCCUUUCGAAACAACCUUUAAGGCGUACCUAUCCCAAAUAAGUAAAUUUAUCUAUAAUGAAGUUAUUAGAAAUCUCUCAGCAUAGAUUGCCGGGCAUUAUCACGAUUCUCAUGCAUAUGAAAAAGAUUAAAAAAUAAUACAAAUAAUCACAUAGAACAUAACAAUAACACAGAAAUAGGACCGUAGCAUAUGUUGGAAUAUAAAUUAACGAAAACAAACUGUAGAAACCUGUGAAUAAGUAGUUGUAAGCCAAAUCGAACGCUUAAGAAAAACAAAAAUGAUUUAUCUUCUGCAACCGUGUACAUAUUCCACAACCUAGCUGUGACGCAAGCCAAUUCAUGUUUCCUUUCACUUGGGUUAAGAUGUAGUUCAUCAAAUUGUAAGUACCGCAAACAAUAGUGUAGAUUGAAACACAAAUGAAAUAUGGAUGUAAACUUAUUUUUCGACUCUUUUGUGCAUUGUCUUUCUGCCUCUUGGUAGUCGACCCAUGCUUUUUUUUCUUCUGCUGAUUGUUUUCUUUCUAAAAAUUUUAUUUGAGAUUCUCCCGAACAAAAAGAAAGCACGGGUAGAAUCGAACGUGUUAUGAUUAUUCUUUUACGUUUUAAGUAAAAAGCAAACAAACUAGAAUUACUGGCAGUCAUCGUUUACGGUAGGAUGUUAUGUGUAGCUACUCUGGAACGUUCCAACCAGACGAAAGAUCAGCAAAUAUUAGGCUGUUACACCCAUCAGCUGUGUACAUUUAUAUAACUGCAGGAAUAUAUUGUAGAGAUCAUCUCUCAUCAGAACUUUUCAGAAUAAAAUGCUUGAUACGAGGCGUCUUGAUGAAUAGAACAGCCCAGGUCGGGAUCGUUUUAUGGAACCACAUAAA